AUGGCCGCGGCGGCGGGCGGCGGCGGGCUGGGGACGACGGCCGGCGCCGCGGGCGCAGGAGGCGCGGCGGCGGCCGCGGGCCUUGCGGUUUAUCGGCGGAAGGACGGGGGCCCGGCGAGCAAGUUUUGGGAGAGCCCGGAGACGGUGUCCCAGCUGGAUUCGGUGCGGGUCUGGCUGGGCAAGCACUACAAGAAGUAUGUUCACACGGAUGCUCCUACCAAUAAAACACUGGCUGGGCUGGUGGUACAGCUUCUUCAGUUCCAGGAAGAUGCCUUUGGGAAGCAUGUCACCAACCCGGCCUUCACCAAGCUCCCGGCAAAAUGUUUCAUGGAUUUCAAAGCCGGAGGCACCUUGUGUCACAUUCUUGGGGCUGCUUACAAAUACAAAAAUGAGCAGGGGUGGCGAAGGUUUGAUCUGCAGAAUCCAUCCCGAAUGGAUCGUAAUGUUGAAAUGUUUAUGAACAUUGAAAAAACAUUGGUUCAGAGCAAUUGUCUGGCCAGACCCAACAUCUACCUCAUUCCAGACAUUGAUCUGAAGUUGGCUAACAAAUUGAAAGAUAUAAUCAAACGACAUCAGGGAACAUUUACUGAUGAGAAGUCAAAAGCUUCCCACCACGUUUAUCCAUAUCCUUCUUCACAAGAGGAUGAAGAGUGGUUGAGACCUGUGAUGAGAAAAGACAAGCAGGUGUUAGUGCACUGGGGGUUUUACCCUGACAGCUAUGAUACUUGGGUCCAUAGUAAUGAUGUUGAUGCAGAAAUUGAAGAUCCACCAAUUCCAGAAAAACCAUGGAAGGUUCAUGCAAAAUGGAUUUUGGACACUGAUGUUUUCAAUGAAUGGAUGAAUGAGGAGGAUUAUGAGGUAGAUGAGAACAGGAAGCCCGUGAGUUUUCGUCAGCGAAUUUCAACAAAGAAUGAAGAGCCAGUCAGAAGUCCAGAGAGAAGAGAUAGAAAAGCAUCAGCUAAUGCUCGAAAGAGGAAACAUUCACCUUCCCCUCCGCCCCCCACACCCACAGAAUCCCGGAAGAAGAGUGGGAAGAAAGGCCAAGCUAGUCUUUAUGGGAAGCGGAGAAGUCAGAAAGAGGAAGAUGAGCAAGAAGAUCUUACCAAGGACAUGGAAGACCCAACACCUGUACCCAACAUAGAGGAAGUGGUUCUUCCAAAGAAUGUAAACCCAAAGAAAGAUAGUGAAAAUACACCUGUUAAAGGAGGAACUGUGGCAGAUCUAGAUGAGCAGGAUGAAGAAACAGUCACGACAGGAGGAAAGGAAGAUGAAGAUCCUGGCAAAGGUGAUCAGAGUAGAUCGGUUGACCCUGGUGAAGAUAAUGUGACUGAGCAGACCAAUCACAUUAUUAUUCCUAGCUAUGCAUCGUGGUUUGAUUAUAACUGUAUUCAUGUGAUUGAACGACGUGCUCUUCCUGAGUUUUUCAAUGGAAAAAACAAAUCCAAGACUCCAGAGAUAUACUUGGCAUAUCGAAAUUUUAUGAUUGACACAUACCGCCUAAAUCCCCAAGAAUAUUUAACCAGCACUGCUUGUCGGAGGAACUUAACUGGAGAUGUGUGUGCUGUGAUGAGGGUUCAUGCCUUCUUAGAGCAGUGGGGGCUUGUUAAUUACCAAGUGGAUCCAGAAAGUCGACCCAUGGCAAUGGGGCCUCCUCCAACUCCUCAUUUCAAUGUGUUAGCUGAUACCCCCUCCGGGCUUGUUCCUCUACAUCUUCGAUCACCUCAGAUUCCUGCUGCUCAGCAAAUGUUAAAUUUUCCCGAGAAGAACAAGGAAAAACCAAUUGAUUUGCAGAACUUUGGUCUUCGUACUGACAUCUACUCCAAGAAAACCUUAGCAAAGAGUAAAGGUGCUAGUGCUGGAAGAGAAUGGACAGAACAGGAGACCCUUCUACUCCUGGAGGCUCUGGAGAUGUAUAAGGAUGAUUGGAACAAAGUGUCAGAGCACGUUGGAAGUCGCACUCAGGAUGAAUGCAUCCUCCACUUCUUGAGGCUUCCCAUUGAGGACCCAUACCUUGAGAAUUCUGAUGCUUCCCUGGGGCCCCUGGCCUACCAGCCUGUGCCCUUCAGUCAGUCAGGAAACCCAGUCAUGAGCACUGUUGCUUUUUUGGCAUCUGUGGUGGAUCCUCGUGUGGCGUCUGCUGCAGCCAAAGCGGCUUUGGAGGAGUUUUCUCGAGUCCGGGAGGAGGUGCCGCUGGAAUUGGUGGAGGCUCAUGUCAAGAAGGUUCAAGAAGCGGCCCGAGCCUCUGGGAAGGUGGAUCCCACCUAUGGCCUGGAGAGCAGCUGCAUUGCAGGCACGGGACCAGAUGAGCCAGAGAAGCCGGAAGGAGCUGAAGAGGAAAAAAUGGAAACAGAUACUGAUGCUCAGCAGCCUGAAAAGGCAGAAAACAAAGGGGAAAAUGAAACGGAUGAAGGUGAUAAAGCACAAGACGGAGAAAAUGAAAAAAAUAGUGAAAAGGAACAGGAUAGUGAAGUUAGCGAGGAUACUAAAUCAGAAGAAAAGGAGACUGAAGAGAACAAGGAACUCACUGAUUCUUGUAAAGAAAGAGAAAGUGAUGUUGGGAAGAAGAAAGUAGAACAUGAAAUUUCUGAAGGAAAUGUAGCCACAGCCGCAGCAGCUGCUCUUGCCUCAGCUGCAACGAAAGCCAAGCACCUUGCUGCUGUGGAAGAGAGAAAGAUCAAGUCUCUGGUAGCUCUCCUGGUUGAGACACAAAUGAAGAAACUGGAGAUUAAGCUUCGACAUUUUGAAGAACUAGAAACUAUCAUGGACAGAGAGAAAGAAGCUUUAGAACAACAGAGGCAGCAGUUGCUUACGGAGCGCCAGAACUUCCACAUGGAGCAGCUGAAAUACGCUGAGUUGCGAGCCCGACAGCAAAUGGAACAGCAGCAGCACGGGCCGAACCCUCAGCAGGCACACCAGCACUCAGGAGGACCCAGCCUGGCGCCGCUGGGAGCAGCAGGACAUCCUGGCAUGAUGCCUCAUCAGCAGCCCCCUCCCUACCCUCUGAUGCACCACCAGAUGCCACCACCUCACCCGCCCCAGCCAGGUCAGAUACCAGGCCCAGGUUCCAUGAUGCCUGGGCAGCCCAUGCCAGGCCGCAUGAUGCCCACCGUUGCAGCCAGCAUCCACCCCCCUGGGAGUGGCCCCACCCCUCCUGGUAUGCCUCCAAUCCCAGGAAACAUCUUAGGACCCCGGGUACCCCUCACGGCACCUAACGGCAUGUAUCCCCCUCCGCCACAGCAGCAGCCACCACCUCCAGCACCUGCGGAUGGAGGCCCUCCACCUCCUGCUCCUGGCCCACCAGCCUCAGCUGCGCCGUAG